AUGGUUUCGAAACGAGUGCCUCUCUUGCUCUUCUGUCUGAUCAUCGAACAAUCAGUAGCACAAAAUACACGAUCAGUUCAAAUGUUGAUUGUUAAUGGUUCGCAGUUUCAAUGCGCAAAUACAACUUGUCCACCAGCUGCGACUCUCGCUGUCAUUAACAUUCUUCAAUGCCAAACAGCUUGUUUAAAUCAAAAUCAGUGCACAGGAGCCAGUUUUUAUUUAUCAAGUUUCAAUUGUGAAUUAUUUGAUGGCGCGCUGAGCUCAAACGGAAAUAUGUUAGCUAGUACAGGUGUUACUAGCAUGAUUGUGAUCAAUGGAACGAGAUACCUGUCUGAAAGAACAACAACAUCCGUGUUAAACACAGCCACAACAAGGCUAACAACACUAAUAUCAACAAUAUCAUCGACUACGUCGUCGACAACAACAUCAACAUCAGCACCAUUCACCGGAGCGAAGGAUACAGUGCCAAUGUCAUAUGCUCGAUAUGAUCACACAAUAUCCAUUCUACAAAAUGGAAAAGCGCUAGUGGCAGGUGGAAUGCUUAAUGCGAGCUUGAUUUGGGAUAGUUCUGAACUAUAUGAUCCAUCAGCUGGCUUUUGGAAAAUAGCAGCAAGUAUGAUUACGAAACGCUCCGGACACACAGCAUCUAUCCUAGCAGAUGGAAGGGUGCUAGUGACAGGUGGGUAUAACGGUACCAGUGCUUCAAAUAGUGCUGAAUUAUAUGAUCCCAUAGCUAACGUGUGGACAGCAACAGGUGGUAUGAAUAAUGCACGAAGAGGUCACACGGCAUCUGUCCUAAACGGAACAGUGCUAGUCGCAGGUGGAUACAAUAGUAUCGGCUAUCUUAACAGUGCCGAAUUAUAUAAUAUAUCAACGGGUACUUGGAUAGCAACAGGAAGUAUGAUUAAUGCACGAAAAGCCCACACAUCAACCGUUCUUAGGAAUGGAAAAGUUUUAGUUGCAGGUGGAUCCACUGCUAGUACUUUUCUUAAUGCUGUUGAAUUAUAUAAUCCAACAACCGGCACCUGGACAGCAACAACAACUAUGAGUACCGCACGCGCUGGUCACACAGACUCUAUGCUGUCAAAUGGUAACGUACUGCUUGUCGGUGGAAGUAAUGGAUAUAUUCUUAAAACUGCUGAAUUCUAUAAUCCUGUUUCUGGUAGUUGGACGGCAACACCAAACCUGAAUGAUUUGCGUUACGGGCACGCAGCAUCCGUUCUACCAACUGGAGGAGUCUUAGCUAUAGGUGGGCAGGGUCCUUUGAGCAGUAUUGAAUUAUAUAAUCCAACAGGCAACACUUGGACAGUAAAGAGUCCGAUGAGUACCGCUCGAAGGGAUCAUGUGGCAGCUGUCUUUCCAGACGGAACAGUAUUCAUUGUAGGAGGAACAAGUAAUAAUGUACCACUUGGCACUGCUCUCUUAUAUUCACCUUAA